UCUAAGUUUAGAGCAUGUUAGCUUCGCUAUCAUCACUAUGGGCUCCUAUCCAAUCCACUCUCAACAGGCACUAUCAACCUCACCUACCCAGCACCUUCCCUUGUGGCUUGUACUAUUAAAACUACCAAUAAAAAAAAAAACCCUUCCUCUUGGGACCUAUUAUGUGGCGCAAAAAGAAUUCAAAACAAGAACAUCUCAUCUUCACCAACAAAAAACACUGCAGUUCUAUGGUUUCUAGUGUACUCUCCUCAAAAGGUAGAUACUCUGCAACUUUUAACAUUUCCUCACUUCUCCAAAAAAACCCAUCUUCUUCUUUCUAAUCUUGAUAAUUUCAUCAUUCAGCUUUCAUGUAAUAGCAGCAAAAUCCCAUCUGAAAGCAUUUAUUUUCCUCAUAAAUCUGAGAGAAUUUGCUGGUUGUCAAUAGCAUAGCAUAAUUCUAGCUUUGUAAUAUCUUCUAGCUUGCAUUCCCUUUUUUUUCUUCCAUGGUCUCAAUGCAGGAAAGAAUGUCUCUUGGAAUUGAAAGCAAUGCGCUUUUCAAAGAUUAAGUGACUAAGCUCAAGAAACUUAUGAGAAAGAUUUGAUUUUGAGCGUACCCAUCUGUCAAAAAUGUAUAAAAUUCCAUUUGAAAUCAAGCAAAAAGAUGGUAGUUUGGUAUACCCACCUCCUCAGUCAUCUCUCUCUGCUCCAUAUUUUAGUACUAACUAUGAGACAGAAGCAACCCCAACAUCAUCUUUCAACAGAAUUAGUCCAGUACUUCUUUUGCUUAUAGUAAUUCUAGCAGUAAUCUUCUUCAUCUAUGGCCUUCUCCAUUUACUUGUAAGAUUUUGUAUGAAAGUGCCAUCUUCUUCAGCUGUUUUUCAAUCAAAUAGAUACCCAGAAACCUCUGGCUCCCAUACUUUCCAAAGACAGCUUCAACAACUCUUUCGCUUACAUGACUCAGGUCUAGACCAAGCUUUCAUUGAUGCUCUACCAGUGUUCUUCUACAAAGAUAUAAUGGGUUUGAGGGAGCCAUCUGAUUGUGCUGUUUGUUUAUGUGAAUUUUCUGACCUUGACAAGCUAAGGUUGCUUCCAACGUGUAGUCAUGCUUUUCAUACUGAGUGUAUAGAUGUAUGGCUUCUUUCAAACUCAACAUGCCCUCUUUGUAGAGGGACUCUAUCGGCCUCUGGCAAUCCUAUGGAAAUUCCAGCACUUAAUUUUGCUGUUUCCAGGGAGCAAUCAAAUAGGUUUCCUAGUAAUGGAGAGAAUAGGUCUUCCAGUAGUCAGAACCCAAUAAAUAUAGAGGAAGCUGUUUGUGAAAAGAGGGUAUUUUCUGUGAGACUUGGGAAGUUCAGAAGCUUACAUGAUGAUGGGGUAGGUAGUGGAAGGAGAGAGGGGGAAACAAGUAGCUGUAAUUUGGAUGCUAGAAGAUGUUAUUCAAUGGGCACAUAUCAGUAUGUGGUCGAUGAUUCAAAUCUACAAGUGGCAUUAUCUGAUAGUAGUGGUGUUGGUGAUGGAGGUAGUAAUGUGAAUCAUGCCAAUGAAAGAGGAUACCUUGCAAAUUUUUCAGAUACCGGGGAUGUGGAGGGAAAGAAAAUCAUUGGCCACACUAAAGGUGAGAGCUUCUCCGUAUCCAAGAUCUGGCUUUGGUCAAAGAAGAGCAGAUUUCCAAGUUCUUCGAACAAUCGUAUGGAUUUGUUGCCUUCUCUUAAUGCAAGUCUCCCAAUUAAUAAUGAUGAAACUCAUGCUGUAUAGAAGGUGCAUGACUAAAUUUUUUGUGUUCUCUCUUGAUUAAUCAAUCACACACGUAUAAGCUAGUAAUGUUGUGUUCUGUUUUUCUCAUUUCUAGUUAUAAUGUAAAGAUAUAACUCUUAUUUAAAAAUUUUCUCAUCUUUUGCCAAAAGUUUCAAGGACAAUAUGUUGCAGUAAUGAAAUUAAAGAUUGUUAGAGAA